UCUCACACUUGUGCUUUCACUCUCAUCUGAUAUGCAAUGUCUCACCAUCACACGAAGACCACACUUGCCUUGUUCACUUCAACCAAGGACCACAACAACCACAUCUGAUCUCAAUAUCCGUGGAUAAUAAAUAUUUCCCGCGACUUCUCCUUUGAUGCUUUUUUUUUCUCCUUUGCUUUUAAGAAGAACUUCAUAAGAGAAAGAAAAAAAAAGAAAAAGCUUUUGGACCACAAUACAGCUGCAUGCAGUUCCUCCAGCAGCUGAGGAGCGAUGUCAUCUCUACUUUCUCACAACAAAGAUCAGCCACGCAUCAGAAAGUCGCUCUCUGAUUCUUGUCCAGCUUCAUCUGCUGCAGCCACCAAGAGCCUGAGGCAUGAGAGACUGUCUAGACUGAGUUCUUCUGGAUCAUCUGAUGCGUCCAACGAUACGUCGACGAACCACGCCGAGUCCUACUUCCUACGAAGGGAGAAUAGACUAUCUGCAAGGAAAAAGGCAGAAGAGGAGACACUGAACAAUGAUUAUAAAAAGAUGUACGAGAAGGCGCUGGCCACCAAUCAAAGGCUCAAAUCCCGACUGGAGACGAGUAAACAGGAACUCUCCAUGAUUCAGGACCAGCUGCAGAGAGCGCAGAAGGGGGGGACGAGCGAUUGUGCCUCGGACUUGCUGAAAGCAGAAGAAAAGGAAAGUUGGGGGAUUAAAAAGAGGAUAUCUGAUAUGGAAGAACAAUUGAAGGUUAAAGCAGAGCUUAAGAUGGAGAACCAGAGACUGAAGGACGAGAAUGGGGCUUUGAUCCGUGUCAUCACCAAACUCUCCAAGUGAGACAGGAAGCAGGAGGGAGGAGGAGGAGGAGGAGGAGGAGGAGGAGAGGGAAGGUCACAAGAGACCAUAUUUAUAUCUGUGCUCUUUGUACAUUCAAAGCAUGAAUUCAUACUUCGCAGUAUGUACAUCUCCAGGAAACUUGAGCCCAUUCUAGAGAUUGUUAUUGUUUAGACAGAUGACAGAUUUCUUUUUUUUUUUUUUUUUACCAGUUCAGUGACACAAAGAUACAUUUUACAAGUGUCGAACUGUAAAUGUACUGUAUCUACAGCAGUAACACAAAAUACAUUAAAUUAAAAAGUAGUCUCUACAUUCACAAAGUA